GUUUCAAUAAUGGCAGUGAUUUAGAAGGCAACAAGCUUAAAAUCCAAGCUAUCACCAACUCCUCUGCGUAUUCCGUACUCCCGGCUCUGCUCCUCCGACGGAGGUUUCGAGUUUCGCUCCUGAGAUUUCUCGACAAAGCAGGAGCAAUUUCGGAAGAGAGAGACGUUUAAAAUGGCAGACACUGUGGUGCCGCCAAGCCGAUCGAGGGACCUCGACAAGCUCCUCCUCAGGCCUGGAAAUCUCGUCGGACCCACCUUCGAACCUGGCCCCGGACUGAGGGAGGACCUUAAAGAGUACGUGAAAGUGUUGGUGGUAGGAGCUGGUGGAUUAGGGUGUGAGCUGCUAAAGGACUUGGCUUUGUCUGGUUUUCGGGAGCUCGAAGUUAUAGACAUGGACCGCAUUGAGGUCUCCAAUCUCAAUCGUCAAUUUCUCUUCAGACUCGAAGAUGUUGGUAAGCCAAAGGCUGAGGUAGCUGCAAAACGUGUCAUGGAAAGAGUUAGUGGUGUGAAUAUUGUGCCUCACUUUUGCCGUAUUGAAGACAAGGAGCUUGAUUUUUUUAGUAAUUUUAGUAUUAUUGCCCUUGGUCUCGAUUCUAUUGAGGCUCGAAGUUACAUUAAUGCUGUAGCAUGUGGCUUUCUAGAGUAUGAUACAGAUGAUAACCCACUAGAAGAAACAGUCAAACCUAUGGUAGAUGGUGGCACAGAAGGUUUUAAAGGCCACGCAAGGGUCAUUAUGCCAGGGGUCACACCGUGCUUUGAGUGUACCAUCUGGCUUUUCCCACCUCAAGUGAAGUUUCCUUUAUGCACCCUUGCAGAAACCCCUAGAACUGCUGCACAUUGUAUAGAAUAUGCCCACUUAAUUAAAUGGGAUGAGGCUCAUAGUGGGAAGGCUUUCGAUCCCGAUGACCCAAAGCAUAUGAAGUGGGUCUAUGAUGAGGCUGUCAAAAGGGCUGAGCUUUUUGGUAUUCCAGGAGUUACUUAUUCUCUUACUCAGGGUGUUGUGAAGAAUAUCAUACCGGCAAUUGCUUCCACCAAUGCAAUUAUUUCAGCUGCAUGUGCAAUGGAAACAUUAAAGAUUGCAUCUGGAUGCAGCAAAACUCUGUCAAACUACUUAACAUACAAUGGUGCGGAAGGUCUCCACACUAAAGUGACUGAAUUUGUGAAGGACAAGGACUGUCUUGCAUGUGGCCCGGGUGUUCUGGUUGAGCUAGAGUCUUCAGUAACAUUAGAGAAGUUCAUAAGUUUACUCGAGGAACAUCCAAAGCUGCAGUUGUCGAAGGCGAGCAUCACACAUCGAGGGAAGAACCUUUACAUGCAGGCACCUCCAGUACUUGAAGAAAUGACCAGAUCAAACCUAAGCCGACCACUUUUUGAACUGAUGGGUAAAAUUUCCAAGGAUGUUGUCCAUGCAACUGGUACAGUAAAAAAGAAUGACACAAAGACCUCCAGUCUAAGAAAAUUACGUGUUGUUUUCAAAGGAGUUGAUGGAGUUGCAGAUAUGGAUACAGCAGGUGGGGCAUAAUAUUUUUCCGUACCACUUCAGAUCUAAUUAGAAACCAAAACUUAUGAAGACUUUAAAGGCAUUGCACCCUAUAUGCUUGCUUAGGGCAGUCAGAGGGAUAGGGUAAGGUUGAAUUAGCUUUCUAUAUUUGUAAAUUUUAUUUUUCCCACAGAUUUUCUUUGAUUGCAUUAAACUGUAAAUUGAACACCAAGAGUUCAUUUUGCAGUUUAAGUUGAACUGGAUUAAAGAUACAGAAUUAGGUUAUGAAUUACCAUGAUUAGCAUUUUUGCUGACCCUCA